GCGACUCUCCUUCACAGCGUCCCCUCGCCCUCCCACAGACCCCCCUUAAAGGACAUCCUUUCACUAUUCUUCAGCAAUCUUCAAGAUGCAUCUUCUUCAUUCCAUGGGAGUUUAGUCGAGCUUUGACUUACCACGAUGAAGGGUGCUAGUGUUUUGUUUUUCUUAGGGAUAUGCACCAAUUGGGCCCUAGCAGUAUUUUUAAAUCAUAGGCCUUUUCCAACAUACAGCUUAGAGAACAUGCCAGACACAUCAUUUUCGUGUAGGGACAAAAUAUUGGGAGGAUACUAUGCAGACGCUGAUGCUCAAUGCCAGAUGUUUCACAUUUGCGUCAAAGUCGCAGGAAUAGGGAUCCAGGACUUCAGAUUCUUGUGUCCCAAUGGCACUGCAUUUGAUCAAGAUCAUCAGAUAUGUGCAGAAUGGGAAGACAUUGACUGUGAUGCCACUACUUUAUACUAUUCCAGCGAUAACUUUGAUCUCUAUCGUCUUGGAUCAGGAUUUGAAUCCAAACCCCAUAAAUAUGGAGAAGACGAAGAGACCUUUGCGCUUCAACGAGCUGAAACAGGUGACGCCAGGAUCAACCGUGAGCAACAGGCGAAAGUUGUAGAUCAAACUAAACAACCAAAAACCUUCAGUGCUGCUCCCAGACAAAAGUACAACAACAACAAUAACAAUGACAGAGAAAUUUUCAAGAGUUCUAGUAGUUCUAAUUUCUAUAACAAUAGAAAUAAUGGUAAGGAAAGAGACGAAGAUUAUGACGAUAAUGUAAAUAUUAACCAGAAUCAAGACUAUGAACAGAAGCGUAAGGUUGUAAGAAACAAAUCUAGAAGACCUGUCCAAAACAGAAACGAACAAAAUGAAAACAGCCAAAACGGUAACAGAAACAACGAAUACAAUAGAAACCAGAACAAUGGGUACAAUAGAAAUCAGAACAAUGAAUAUAACAGAAGCAAUCAAAAUGAUAACAGCAGAAAGGAAAACAGAAACAAUGAAUACAACAACAGAAACAAUGAAUAUAAUAGGAACCAAAAUAAUAAUUAUAAUAGAAAUCAGAACAACGACAAUAAUAGAAAUCAAAACAAUGACUAUAACAGAAACCAAAAUAAUGACUAUAAUAGAAACCAAAAUAAUGAUUUCAACAGAAAUCAGAACAAUGAUUACAACAGAAACCAAAAUACUGAUUAUAAUAAAAAUCAAAAUACGGAUUAUAAUAGAAACCAGAACACUGACUACAAUAAAAACCAAAAUAAUAAUACUUACAACAAUGAUUACAGUAAAAACAACCAAUCUGCUCAAACAAGACGCCCAGUAACCAAAUUUACAGGUUUUGUAAACAACUUCGCCGGUAGUUAUGAACCAACAACCUCCAGACCAACUUCAACUACUUUAAACUCCGAGCAAUACACUACAGCCAUCAACAAUUACAAAUCUAGAAAUGGACAGAGACGUCCACAAACAAGCGAAUACACUGAUAGUCCUGUUUACACAAUAAGCACUCCAGCUCCAUUCAGGCAACAACAAUACAACCCUCCACCUAGCAGAAGUUCCAACAAUGCACAGUAUACUUCGGCUGCUCCUAAACAAAGCACCAACUACGAUGACAACUACGAUAUUCCCAAAGUAAAAUCAACUGUUGCUCAAGAUUAUAAUACUCAAUACGACAUACCAAAAGUUAAACCAGCAAGUAGUACCGGAACACAAUACAACACUCAAAAGACUACCGUAAGCCAAUACGAAACUACGAAAACCAAGCAGACGUUCAAAUCACCAGGAUCUGAGAGGACCGAAAACUACCCAAGUAACAAUCCUAAAUAUACAAGCAAUUUUGAGAAGAAACCCACCACUCCAUUCAAGCAAAACGAAAACUACCCUACAACUUUAAACCCUAAGCCAUUCAGCGUUUCCAACAACAACAACAACAACAACAACAACAACAACAACAAUUUCCCUACGACGUUUGCACCAAGAACCAACGCCGCAUAUAGUCAGAUUGCUCAACAAACUUCUAACUACAACCAGAACAGACAAAAUACACAGAACAGUCCAAGUUCAUUCAACAGCACGCCAAGAAGUACACCUUUUACCCAGUAUACACCAACUGUACCCAAGCUCAGCUCAACAACUCCUGUCAGCAGGUCCCAAUUUAAAUUAGCCAGAUCUUCAGAUGAUUUACUUGAUAUAAAAGUACUAAGAUCGAGCCGCUUUGACGAGACCCAGUACGACGAUGGAUCAUACAGCUCGAAGUACGACUACGAUGGCGACAGACGAGAUGACGAGUUCCUUAAAACUGCUCACAGUCAAAACAUAGCAGCCAGCAGAAACGAGUUACAAAGAACAAGCAACAACAAACAACAGACAACUCAAUCAGCCUCGCAACCUUCAAGAACCACUUACGAUGUUCCUAAAACCUAUCCAUCCACCCCUAAGGAUGUUCCAAGAAUUAAUCCAUCCACUUCCCAAGUCACUAAAGAUACUCCCAGAACAUAUCCAUCAACUGCAUUAACUAAAGAUGUUCCGAGAACGUACCAGUCAUCACAAGUUACUAAGGAUGUUCCAAGAACUUAUCCAUCAACACCCCAAGUAACGAAGGACGUCCCAAGAACUUAUCCGUCAACACCCCAAGUAACGAAGGACUCCCAAAGAACUUACCCUUCAACUCCCCAAGCAACAAAAGAUGUUUCUAGAACUUUCCCGUCCUCUUCACAAGCGACAAAGGGUUCAUCCCAAACCUUUGCUCCCACUUCGCAAGCUACUGAGUCACCUAAGACCAGUUCUCAACCUGUAAACAAAAGACCUGCACCUCGUAAGAAGGACUACGACUAUGCUUAUUACGACACAGGAGUAGCGAGUGAGCCUGACUACGAAAUUGAUACAGAGAUUAAAAAAUCAACGGUGAAGAAUUAAUUGAUUAAACUGAUUAAAUAUUUUUGUUGUUAAUCUAUACUGAUGGUACUUUCAUGAAACUUUGUUAUUACAAAACUAUUUAUUAAAAACUUAAUUGUACAUAAUAUAUAUUGGAUGAUUAGAUAUGAAAGAAAUAACGUAGCCGCCAAAUUACUACUUAAAAAGGAAAUUAAAAUACAUUUUGUGGCGUUUUCGUAUAAACAUAAGAGGAUUGUUCAAUUCAAACUCAUCUUUGAUCCAGAAACAAAUUAUUGGCAAAUAUAUCUAUAAUUAGCGCUAUGUAUAUUUAAGGCUCCAUUGUCUCACCAACCGACCCAUAACCUGUUUAAAGAAUUCUUGUGGCUGUAGAUCGAAGAAUUCUUAUAAGACAUUUUGUAAUUCUUCGUAUAUUCGAAAACGACGAUCUUUUAACGCCAUUUUUGGUGGUCCAGAGGUAUGAAAAUCAUAGAGCGAUAAAUAGGAACUUUAAGGUGGAUGCUCUAAUAUUUUCCGUUUCGCAUCGUCGUGCAGAAGAAUGACAUCACAUGAGAGCUUUCUGGACGUGUACGUGAUAAACCUUGUUUAAAGUUUUCUUAUAAAAGGUUUCGCUGGUAUACACUCUAUGUUUUCUAGCUUUACUUUAUGAGCAAGGGUCUUUCAUGAUCGGAAAAAAAAAUGUUAACAUGGACUUUCCCGGAGAACUUUGUAUGACUACACACUGAUUAUAUUUGGAUGGAUUGUUAACAAAAAACGCUAUUUUUAAAUCACAAUACUUAAAAUCGCAGUCAAAUAAAACUGACAGGAACUGAUCAGCUUGAUAUUUACAAACAUAUCCCUAACAUUUUUUUAAAAAGUCAGUUGAGUGUUGAGUGAUUACAUCUGUUUCCAAGGCUAACCUGACCAAAUAUGUCAUAAUAUUAUCAACGUAAUUCAACCAUAUGAAUCCAGAGCUAAGAAAAUAAAUUCCAUCAAUUGAAUGUGUUAUGAGUUCGGUUCAAACAAAAACUUGGAUUUCAAUUUCAGUGUUUUAUAAAUGCUAGAAUAUUCCACAGGGUGAUGCGAACUUUGAGAAAAAAACGCAGUUUGAUUGGUACACCCGGUAUACAAUGAAAAUUUACCCGGUUAGCAACAAUAUUAUUACAGUGGUAUUGCUAAAGAAUCAGGCUAUAACAUGUUCAAAAAAUCACUUAAAUCGGCCAACAGGUUUAGGAAACAUGAGACAACAAAAAUAACCAAAUUUUUAAGUGGGCCGAUUUAUAGGCACGUAAGUUUAUAUCACAAAAUAAUAAUUAUUGUCUGAAAUUCACCUAUUCAGUUUUCUUCAAUUUAUUUAAAGGCAUGUAAAAUAAAUUUAUGAUACUUUUUUUGCUGUUACCUACAUUCAAGGAUUUUGUAGCAGCAGUUGUUCUAGUAUGUUGUUCCAGCCGUUAUUCAAUUUGGUACAUUACGUCAGCGAAUUUCGUCUUCCUCCUCUAUAUUUUUGCCUUCGUAAGGAUGUAGUGGAGGCAUGUAUUUUUUUUCUAUUUAUGUCCAGCUAUCUCUCUGCUGCACGUGUUGUUUUGCUUCAGAGAAUGAGUAACCAGUUACCAGAUUCUUAUGGAUCUUUUGUCGCAACCUUGCCUUCAACUCCCAUUCGUUCCAUGCCUCCUCUUUAUCUAGUUAUGUCAAGUACAGUUGAGUCCCUGAAUAUUUACCAGUGCAUCAUCAUUUAAAGCAUACGAAAUAAGUUGAUGCUAAGUCGGAAAUUGAAAUUUACUAAACGCAACAGCAAGUGACAGUAAGUGACUUGCUGUUGCGUUUAGUAAAUUUCAAUUUCCGACUUAUCAUCAACUUAUUUCGUAUGCUUUAAAUGAUGACGCACGGGUAAAAGAUUCAGGGACUCACUGUAUCUUAGUAUAUUUUGAUUGAUAGCUUUGGUGCAUCGAGAUUUUGUGUUAAGUUCUUCUAGUGCCUAUUGAAAUAUGUACCUGCGAUGUGCUGUUCAUGGUAUGCGCAACAUUCUAAGGUAAACCCACAUUUGUUUGAUGGUAAAUUGUUCGUAGUCGUUUGAAGUCGUAGGUGUCGAUAAGGAAUAUUAUUGCCCAAACAAGGCAUAAUUUUAGGUGUUUCUGAUGUCACUGUAUUUUCGUGAGUUUGACUGUUGUUGGUCUGGCCAUUGUGAUGGCAGUUAGAUGGCCUCCACAGUUAGUGAUUACAAACACUGUAACUAAUUGAAGACACAAGUGCAUGAAGGGUCUAUGUUACAAAUUUUUCAAAACAUGUUUUUAUGUUAAAAGUAAGUUGUUCGAACCUAAAAAUCUUUCAAACAAGCCAAACACGUUUUAAAAUUAAUAUUUUAUAAGUUACUAGAGUGUAAAGGAUCUAUGUACACAGUAAUUUUUAAAAUGUAAGUGCAUAAAGGAUCUAUGUACACAUUUAUAUAUAAAAAAUAUAUAAUAAAUAUUUUUUUAAGUUUUUUUAAUAGUGUUAAUAAAUAUAUUAGUUUUAGGACUACCUAUCCUAUAAAUUUAGUCUAUUUAGAUCUUACAGUAAAAAAGUUCUAGUAUAAAAACUUUAACUUAAUUUUUCUCAAUAACUUGCAAAUGUCACAUAAACCCAUCAUGCACUUGUGUCUUCAAUUAUUGUCUGAGCACUUCUUACUCUGCCAUGUUUUUCAUCGAUGAUCAUUACUGCGGUUUUUUGUAUAUUUAGUUUCAAACCUUAUUCCGUACGUACGCACCCUACUCAGCUUAUUCAUAAAUUGUUCCAGUUCUUCUGAUGAAGACGCCAAUAUAACCUUGUCAUCAGCAGGCUUUUGAUUUUUCUUGCCGAUCUCCAUAAUUCAAUUUGAAAUUUUUCGAUUUCAAAUUUUAUUUUCUUGCGUGUAUUUACAAAAUUGUUUUUUUUUUGUUGUCUGUGAACUUUUUUUCUUUACCAUUUACCGAUUUACUUAAAUCAUCACACUUAUCUGUGACGUAGUAUUUGACUUUUUGACUGGCUAUUUGAUAAAAGAUAUUGAAUUAUGUGAAAAUAUAUAGAGCAAAAUAAGGAAAAAUAUAUGGAAGUAAAUAAAAAUAUCGCAAUGUAAUUAAAAUAAAAAGUUUUGUGGAAGUAUUAAUAUUUUCAAUUUUUCUUCAACAAGAUUUCGUAACGAAGCUAAGGUAAAAUAUAAUUUUACACGUAAACUUUAAUCUUGUUAAAGAAAAUGUAGUCAACAUAGAAGUUGACUUAAGGCAAAGAUUAGAAACAAAAACUUGUUCAUGUUUCCAUAUGGCCACAUUAAUUUGGUUGUGAGAAUAUUGUAAAAAUUUAAUUUAACAUUCUUUAAAUUCUUUAGUGUAUAUUUGUUAUCUUUGCCUCUAUGACAAUGGAAGAAGUCUGUUUUUUUUUAAUAUAAUACGUUAGAGCCCAAUACAACAGUAUUUUAAUAAAAUCGAAGAUUAAGAUAUUAUUUCAACAUUAAUUUAAGAUUGUACAUAUUGUAUUUUAUUUGUAAGAAUAAAAUAAGAAUAAAAUUAUUGUUACUUUUA